CCACCUCCUUAUCUUCCAGACUACAUACCCUCUUUUCUUCUCCCUUCUAUCUUAAUUGCUAAAACUAAAACCCCUUUUCAUAUACAUAUAUAUUCAUCGUUGAGAAAUCAGAGCAAGAAAUGGGAGGGAACUCCCCCUGUGCCUCCUGCAAAUUGUUACGACGUCGUUGCGCUAAGGACUGCAUCUUUGCCCCUUACUUCCCCUCCGAUGACCCCCACAAAUUCGCCAUUGUUCAUAAGAUCUUCGGCGCCAGCAACGUUAGCAAGAUGUUGCAGGAAGUUCCGGUGAAGCAAAGAGGCGACGCGGUGAGCAGUCUGGUGUACGAGGCGCACGCGCGGGUGAGAGAUCCGGUGUACGGAUGCGUGGGCGCCAUCUCGUUUUUGCAGAACGAGGUAUCCCAGCUGCAAAUGCAGCUCGCCGUCGCACAAGCCGAGAUACUCUGCAUCCAGAUGCACCACCAAGACCCUGCGGCAACGUUCCCCGACGACGACGACCACCAGAAAUCGCUUCUUUUCUCGCCGGCAACCAUCAACGCCGCCGCCGUCACCACCGCUAACUUCGGUACCAACCUUCAGCAGUAUCUCAGCUUCGCCCCCUCUAGCAGCGCGGUUAUGCAAGACCCUCUCAAGAGAGAGUCCCUUUGGACAUGAUAAAAAAGGAAAAUAAUAUAUGGACUCCCAAUUUUUACUUUUUCUCAUAAAUUUUUUAUGUAAACACUUUUUCUAGAUUUA